AUGGAGCUCCAUAUUGUGCAAGGAUCUUCCAAGAAGGACGUAUGCAUAAUUUCUGGCCUCACCGCACUCUCAACGAUACUCGAUGUCAAAAAAAAGAUUCAUGCCACGAGAAAGAACCUAUAUCCGGACCGUCAGUCGCUAAAGAUCGACGCAAAGUCCAAAUCGUUGAACGACAGCGUUACAUUGGAGAGCGCUGGCAUCAAGUCGGGCCAGCAGAUCAUUCUGAAAGAUCUCGGACCACAAGUUGGGUGGAAAACGGUUUUCCUGCUUGAAUACGCGGGUCCGCUUUUCGUGUACCUACUUACUUACACCCGUCCGGCUGUGCUCUAUGGAAAAGGAGCCAGGGAUAUACCUUAUGCAGAUGUGGUCCACAUUGCGGCCGCCUGCUGGGCUAUCCAUUACGGCAAGCGACUCCUCGAGACUCUUUUCAUCCACCGAUUCUCCCAUGGAACGAUGCCAAUCAUGAAUCUCUUCAAAAACUGCUCAUACUAUUGGGGUUUCGGCUUCUACAUCGCCUACUACGUCAACCACACUCUUUACACUCCCCCGGCUCAUUCGUGGCAGAUCUACGGUGCACUUGCCCUGUUUGCGUUCGCCGAACUCGGGAACCUCAGCAUCCAUAUCGCUCUGCGGAACCUCCGACCAGCCGGUUCUAAGGAACGUCGCAUUCCGUUCCCAACAGCGAACCCCUUCACGAAACUUUUCGACUUCGUCUCCUGCCCCAAUUACACCUAUGAAGCUCUAUCCUGGAUCGCUUUCAGUGCCAUGACGAACUGCGUGCCAGCGGGUCUCUUCACGCUCGCCGGAUUCUAUCAAAUGGCUGUCUGGGCUCUUGGCAAGCACAGGAACUACAAAAAGGAAUUCAAAGAUUAUCCCCGAAGCCGCAAAGCGAUCAUUCCUUUCGUUUUGUGAGCUCGAGAACCCACAACAGACCUCGAACGGCUUUAUGCGACCGACGUACAUUCCAAAAUACUCGACUGAUCACCAGCGAUCGCUUCUGAUCCGAUCAGACUCGCUGA